AUGGGGCUGUUGGUCCUCACCAGCCCUGCACUCAUCAUCUGUUUCCUUUGCCUCCUUCUCCUGUAUGUGCAGAAGAGAAAUCACCGUACGGCAAGACUCCCUCCCGGUCCGACUCCUCUUCCCUUCUUUGGAAAUGUUUUUCAAGUAAACCUCAAGGACAUCCACACAACUUUCUCCAAGUUGUCCAAAGUAUACGGCCCUGUUUUCACUCUACACCUGGGACCCUCGCCCACCGUCGUCUUACAUGGAUAUGAUGCCGUGAAGGAAGCUCUGAUUGAUCAGGGGGAAGACUUUUUUGAAAGAGCAGCUAUACCAAUUUUUGAUGAUACCCUGCAAGGAAGAGGAAUCCUCUUCAGCCAUGGAGAGAGGUGGAAACAGAUGCGGCGCUUCACCCUCACCACCCUGAGGAACUUUGGGAUGGGGAAGAGGAGCGUGGAGGAGAGGAUCCAGGAGGAGGCACAGUGCCUGGUGGAGGAACUCAGGAGAACGCAGGCUCAGCCCUUUGACCCUACCUUCCUCCUCGCCUGUGCUCCCUGCAAUGUCAUCUGCUCCAUCCUCUUCAACGAGCGCUUCCAGUACAAGGACGAGAAAUUCCUCUUCCUGAUGAAGUUGCUGUUGGAAAAUUUUAAACAGAUAAGCUCUCCAUGGAACCAGAUCUACAACCUUUUUCCAGCCGUCAUGAGACAUAUCCCUGGGGAGCAUAAGCGUUUCUCAGAACGGCUCUAUAGCAUGAAGCAGUUCAUUCUGGAAAAGGUGAGGGAGCACCAGAAGUCCCUGGACCGUGAUAACCCUCGAGACUAUAUAGACUGUUUCCUCACCAAGAUGGAGCAGGAGAAACAUAACCCGGCAUCUGAGUUUGACUUGGAGAACUUGGCCACCUGUGGAUCGAAUCUGUUUACAGCUGGCACCGAGACAACCAGCAGCACCCUGCGAUAUGGGCUCCUGCUCCUCAUGAAGCACCCAGAGGUAGAAGCCAAAGUUCAUGAAGAAAUCGACCGUGUGAUUGGCCGGCACCAAAUGCCCAGCAUGAAGGACCGUCUGCUGAUGCCCUACACAGAUGCUGUGAUCCACGAGAUACAAAGAUACAUCACCCUCCUGCCUUCCAACUUACCCCAUGCUGUGAGCCGGGACACGAAGUUCCGACAGUAUGUCAUCCCCAAGGGUACAAAGGUGUACCCGCUGCUGUCACCCAUCUUGUUUGAUCACAAGGAGUUUCCCAGCCCAGAGAAGUUUGACCCGGGCCACUUCCUGAAUAAAGACGGCACCUUCAGGAAAACAGACUACUUUCUGCCUUUUUCUCUCGGGAAACGGGCCUGUGUGGGAGAGAGCCUGGCACGUAUGGAGCUCUUUCUCCUCAUCACCUCCAUUCUGCAGAACUUCUCCCUGAAGCCCGUGGUGGAAACAAAGGAAAUCGAGAUCAAACCCAUUGUUACCGGUCUGAUCAACAUCCCUCCGUCAUACAAGAUGUGCUUUCACCCCAGAUAGGACUUUUCUCUUUAGCAACUUAAAUCUGAGCAAUUGCUCUUUCUCUCCCAUGGCCAUCCCCGUUUGCAAGCCUCCCUUCAUUUCCAGAGCCAACUAGGACAGAAACAACUUGAAAAACUUGGCAGUGAAAAACUUGACAAAUAUUUCUUUAAAUCCCAAAUUCCUUGACAAAGACAGAACUGAGCUCUGCAAACUGCUAGAAUACUUAUACUAUCUCCAGGCCCUUUUCAGUACUUCAUUAACCCGUGCGCUGGCAGGACUGAGUCCAGGCCCUCUAAAGGCUUUUACCCCACAAAUAGAGCCGUCUUUCUGGGGCUUUGGAGGUAAGCUGAUUUUCUCUAGAUUUUUCGAAGUAGAACUAUGAUGGCCUAGUUCUGUAGUUCUUCUCUUUUUCAGUUGAAAGCACUUUCA